AUGUCACCCGCGCGCCGUCUUGCACGCCAGCAAGCGCGACUGACAAAGACCAGCAGCAACCAGGUGAGACAGCAGCUGCUUCUGGACAGCAAACACACGCAGUCCGACGCUGUACCAUCAAGCGAGCGCGACACGUACCAGCAGCAGGCGCCUCCCGCCUCCGAGAUACGACGCGCGUCCAGCAGCAGCCGAUCGUCGAGCCGAGACGCGACUGCGCACGACGACCACGAGUACAAGCAGAUCCAUAGCAUUGAUAUCGCAGCAGCAUCAUCGGAAGAAGCAGCAGAUGCAAACCAUGAGCAUGGGAUGAGUUCACGCGGACGUGCUCUCGGCGAGCAGCUCUCCCCCAAACCGCACACAACCAUAGCAGAGCCUGACAUAAGCAGCAUCGCCAGCAUCGUAACCAUGCCCGCCUCUGCCAACCCGCCUGCGUCUCGACCCGAAAGCGUCUCGCCCUCGCCGCCCUCAUCACUCGACAAGCACUCUCCCACACAUCCCAGCUCGCCCGUCUCUGCCUCCGCCCCUCCGGCAGGAGCCAGCAGCAGAGGCGACGCGACACACGCAGCUUUGCUUUCGUCUCCAACCGAGAGAAGCACCCACAUGUGGGUCGCGCCGUCUCUGGCCGCUAUUCCCACUACCUCUGCUUCGACCGCCACCGCUCCUCCUGCCUCCCCCGAGACUGUGGACAUCAGGAGAAGCACCAAGCCGCUGGUUCAGCACGCAGGCCUGUCGAUCGCCAGCGAGCCGUUCGCGGCGCUCGCAGCCGCUGGGCACGCCUUCUCUUCAUCAUCAUUAUCAUCAUCCGCACCCUCCGCAGCGAUCGUUGGCGCCCUCGUUGGCCCGAAGAAUUACCAGUCUGCACUUGCGCUCGCACACGCGGGCCGCAGCGCCGUCAAGGGCCUCUACGCCGCCGCGGUGCAGCACGCCAAAGCCAGCGGUUUCGCGCCGCCAUUGGAGCAGGAGCAGGCUCAGGCGCAGCUGGAAGAAGCAGGCCUCAGCGAUGCUGGGCGGCGCGACGGGGUACGGACUGUACAAGCGGCGGCACACCCGAGGUUCUUCGAGGAUUUUGCCAACACUGCUGCGCCGUCGACGGCUAGCACGCCAGCCGCGCAGCUGACGCAGCAGCGCCUUGUCGCCUGGUCGCACUGGGACAAGCUCGGCUCCGUGUCUUUUCUGCUAAUCGGUUACAAGGACGGCAGCCUACAGGUCUGGCGCAAGGAGGGCUGCACCAGGUUAGAUGAAGUGCUCCGGCUUCCCCCUGCGUUCCUUCAUUCGAAGGAACAGGCGAAAGCGGAAGCGCAUGGAGGCGAAUGUAUGGAGAUUUUAUCUGCCAGGCUUCGCUGGCGUAACUGCAGCAGUCGCGAUGGCGAGGGCACUGAUAGUGGUAAUGCCGACAGGGAGCUCAGGCUACUUGCAGUCGUUGCAACGCGCGCUCCAGCAACCGCCACCGGCUUCCUUCUACUCGAACUCGAGCUCGCUACCGGUAAGAUUGUGCAGUCCGCUCCUCUGGCAUCGUCACCAACCUCGGCCUCCGCGACAUCAGCAGCGUACGCGAGCAUGCGCUUCUCCGCGAACUUUAUCAUCAUCGCUUUAUCCACUGUCGAUUGUGCUUGGUCGUCGCGCGCCAGCUCCCCCGCCACCGACUCAAGCAUCCACAUCCACUCGUCUCGGACGCUUAUGCAGCUGCACUCGCCGCUGCGUGACACGGCGCAGCCCUUCGCGGACCGCGCGCCCGCAUUCGACAUCAGCGGCCGGCUGCUGGCGUACGCAUCGACCAAGCCGGCCGCGGCUGCGUCGAGCGCUGCUCUCAGCUUUGGCGCGGGUUCGUCCGCGAGGCUGCACAGGCGCGGGCGCCGUGAGGACGCUGCUGUCGUGUCGCCGCCUUUGCUCUCCGCGUCGUGCUCACUUUCAGGCAGUGGAACGGCGGCUGACCGCGAAAGCGCUUCCGCUUCUGCGACCGCAGGUCUAGGUGCAACGACGCAGCAGCAGCAGCAGCAGCUGUACGAUGUUGCGAAACGUGUCGGGGGCAGUGUCUUCUCGGGAGCAAAGGCCCUGGGCAGCAUGGGUGCUGACUAUCUCGGCGGCGUCGCGGAUCCCGCGGCAGCGGUCGCAGGCAGAGAGCGAAGGAUGAUGCAGCAAUUGCAAACCACUGCGAACGCUUCCACUCAACUGUUCACUGCUCAACGCACAUGCAUCCGCGUGCUCGAUCUCGGCUCUCCAGGCAAUCAGGAAGGACAGCCGGCGCCUGCCCUUCGUGCCGUUGCGCACUUCUCGCAGGCGCGACAGCAGCCGCUUGCGCUGCUCCGCUUCAACCCUACGGGCGAGAUGCUCUUCAGCGCCGACGUGCUCGGGCGCGUCUUCCAGGUGUACGCCGUCGAUGCCAAGUUCAGCGUUCGCGCUGGCGUGGCGGCAGCACCAGCGCCAGCAGCUGGGCUUGCGCAAGACGAGCCAAUCUACAAGAUUACACGCGGCCUGACCAAUGCGCACGUAGCAGAUGCCCAGUGGAGCCGUGACUCGCACCUGCUGUUCGUCUGCACCAAGCGAGGCACGACGCACAUAGCCGCUCUGAACCCUCAUGGCGGCGGGCCCGUCGACGUGUCGGCCGUCUUACAGGGAAGGUGCACGCAGUCGCCAUUGCUGCUUGCGAGUAGCUCCUCCCUAUUUGGCGCCGUCGCUAGAGCGCCGUCAGCAGCUUCGAUGAUGCCACCGCCGCCGCCCUGCACCACAAUCUCCGUCGCUGCUCAUGCGUCCGCGAGCGCAGCGCUCACGAUGACUGUCGCUGACAGGACUGAAUCGGACAGCGACGCGACGCGUGUCGCGUCCGCAUGGCCGUGCAUCGCCGUCAUGCGCGACAGGCCCGGCAAGGACGCACGCACAGCGCGUAUCGUCAACUUUAAUGGUGCAACAGGGCAUCUCCUUCAGAACAAGGCAAAGCUGACAUUUCAGCACCAACAUCCCAGACGCCCGUCGUCAUCAUCAGCUUCUUCAUCGCCCUCCCACGUAUCCGGUUUAACGGAGAUGCUGAGGAAGAGCGCGUUCGGUGACCGGCACAACGCUCAUUCAUUCGCGUACCUCGUGUCGUCCCCAGCCACUGAGCUGCCAGCACUUGCUUGGCCGAGAGUUACGCGACAUGUCGAGCAGUCCGUUGCUGUCUUGGGCCUCUCUGCAGACCGCGAUGCUUCUUAUAUGCCUUCUCGAGCACAUGCACGAAGCCACAGCUCGUCCAGACCUUGGGUGUCCGGUGCGGAGAUUGAGACAUACAUCAAGCUCCCGCGCGCAAUGCCCUCACACAUCUACAUUUGCCCACAAAUGCAGUUCAGCACAUAUGCGAAUCCGCCUUUGGCGAUUCAAUAUGCAUGCGACGCGCAUCGCACGGCCGUCGAGCCACUGCGCGUGCGCACGGGCGUCGAAAUGACGCCUUUCGGCGACGCCGACUCCUUCGACGCAGAUCUCGGCUCUGCCAUCUUGCAGGCCGGCUGGGACCGCGAGGCGCUCGCGGCCGCAGGUGUCGGCACGACUAUCCCCAGCUUCCCGCAAGGCCUGCCCGCUCGCAGCCCCACAUGGACGCAGAACGUCAGCAAAGGCAUCCCCAUCCGCUCUGUCGCCGGCGGCAUCGGCGAGGGUAUGCAACGUGCACGCAGCGGUCUGGGCCGCAGCAUGGAGGUCGUGCGCAAGUUUAGCAGUCCCCAUGACCACGGCAAGCCCAAGGGAAAAGGCACCUCACUCUCUUUCGACGACGCUGAAUACGACGAGCGAACUUUCGCCGAGGCCGUGUCGAGCGAGGCGAACAAGUCUCUGCUCUCCGACUCACUAUCCCAGCGUGGAGGCGCUGGGUCCGCGGAGACGCCAUUGACCGCCAUCAGUUCCGGCCCGUCGGAUGAAGAAUUUGACAAGGAGGACCCGGCCUGGGACUUGGCGCGAGGCACAGCUGAGGAUGUCGAGGGUGAUGAGUUGGGCUGGGACACGUUCGCCCUCCCAGAUUGCGUUGGCGCCAGCAGUGGAAGAAACGGGCUCAAGCGUCUUGGCACAGUAAAUAAACCUUCUGUCAGCCCUGAUCGACAGGAAGAGUUUCUCAUAGGCGAUUUUGAUGAAUUUGACGACGGAUCGGCAAGCAUCCCUUGUCCUCCACAAGUCGCAUCGAGUCUGCCCCCCGUCAAAGCGCAGGGUCUCCCGCCAACCAACUCUUCAAAUAUGGACACGGACAAGUCUGCUUUCACGCCCUCUUCUCUGGGCUCUCAGGGAGUAUUGAAAGACAAGCGUAGGAAGAAGAGGCUAGCAAUGUGA